CCAAAGAUCUCUCAUUUCUCUUGUUCUCAAAAACCUUUUCUUUUGCUUCUUUCUUCAGCUUCCGCGUCUAAUUCUCUUGUACCUCUGAGCCUUGCUGGUUGCUGAGGCUCAUUGCAAAAUGGGGUUGUUGGGAAAAUUCUUAAGGUUCCUGUUGGAGCUGGGGGAUUGCUGCAAACCCACAGGCGGCAACUCUGAGUCGCUUGGGCCUCACGGCGUCUCUGCUGCCACAGUCGGCGUUUCGGGUCUUGCCCACGACCUCUUCAAUUUUGAGACCACCUCUCAGGUCCCAGAAGGACUCAGUCAGCAUGUUGUUUCAUCCAAGAAGGCUCAAGCUAACUGGUACAGAAAACUAGUUGAGACAUGGAGAGAAGCAAAGCCACCACCAAGAACAGACGAAGAGGCGGCUACGCUUGUUAUACAAACCCUCAAGGGACACAAAAAGGCUGAUGUCCAGGGCUUAUUGGCUUUCUAUGGUCUCCCUCAUCCCAAUACUCUGGUCCAAGUUUCUGCUGGGGUCCCAACUUCAUUGCCUCAAGGAGUAAAGUUUGAGUUCCAGACACUUCCAGUCGAUGUAAAAGCAAUUCCAGAUGGAGAUACAGUGACUGUGUAUGUCAGCACAGAAGAUCCCAGAGAAUCUUCCUGUGUUCCGAGCGAUGUGAAGACAGCAGCCAUCCAAAGAUCAAAAGCACGCGCUAAGAAGAAUUAUACGAAGGCAGAUGAACUUCACAAAAAAAUCAUUGAUGCUGGAUAUCGGGUACUGAACAUUCAAAAUCAAGAGAUCCUUGCCCGAAAGUAUCGGAUUCGACUGAGGGGUAUAGACUCGCCGGAGAGUUCAAUGCCGUAUGGAAAAGAAGCCAAACAGGAGUUGGUUAAGCUUAUUGAGGGCAAGAGCUUGAGGGUCCUUGUCUAUGGAGAAGACCGUUAUGGCCGUUGUGUAGGUGACAUAUAUAGCAAUGGCAUAUUUGCACAGGAAGUAAUGCUCAAGAAGGGGUGUGCAUGGCAUUACACCGCCUACGACCAGCGCUCAGAACUUGCAAGAUGGGAAGAAGAGGCUCGAUUGAAGCGAGUUGGGUUAUGGGCUUCAUCAAAUCCUGAGAAGCCGUGGGAAUGGAGAAAGCAUAGACGCGAAGCCAGAUGACAUAUAUAUUCUUGACCAGAGGAUGAGUUUAUUCACAUUCAUGAUUGCCAUCUCUGCAGCAAGUAGGCUCCUGCCUCCAGCCCAAGUUGUGAUCGUCUAAACAAAGUCCCCAGGUGGAGGAGGUUGGGAAAUUGCACAAACAAUGAUGAAAUGAGAAGAACACAUAUGCUUUUCGCAUGUUUUAUUCUUAUAAUUGAUUGAUAUUGGAAACCUUUGAACGUUUCAUAUGGGAAAAAUUGCACCUACAUUAGCUUCAACUCCA